AUGACGAAUCCCAGCACAGCGUCUUUAUCGCGCCUUUUGAAGGCGCAGCUGCUUCAGCUGUGCGAGGAACGCGGACUGCAUGUAGAUGCGGACCUCAAGAAAGCUGACUUAGUGCAAACGCUGAUCAGCUCGCCGCCAACGCCGGCGUUGACGCCGACCAAUGCGCAAGCCCAGCCUGCCGAGGCGGUCGACGAAUUGAAUGGCCUGGACCUCGAAUCACUCAAUUUGGUCGACAAGGAGAUCGCGGCGAGCAAAUUAGAGAAGUUGGAGAAGAUCGGAUCAGGCGGAUUCAAAGAUGUCUAUGUUGGCAAGUAUAAGGUCUCCAAAGCGCGCAGCAUGAAAGUCGCUAUCGCGGACCUCCGCGACCAGCUUACGGAGAUGGACAUCAAGGAACUUUCGCUGCUAAGAGACCUCAAGCACGAGAACAUUGUUCGCUUCAUCGGUGUCAGCAUUCCAGAUGACCCCAGGAACGUGCCUUGCAUGAUUGUCAGCGAGUUGUGCUCAAACGGAGACCUGUUCGAUUACAUUCGGAAUGUCCCGGCUCCAAGUGACAGUGAGAUCUACCGCAUUCUACUCGAGAUUGCGCGGGGUCUCGAGUAUCUGCACCUUCGCAAACCCGCCAUCAUUCACCGAGAUGUCAAGUCCACAAACGUGUUGAUCACGCGCGACCGCACCGCUAAGAUCAACGACUUUGGACUUGCGCGAGUCAAGAACACGACGCGUUCGAUGGUUCGCUCGCUGGUAGGCACGGUGAAUUGGCAAGCGGUUGAGCUCUGGGUUCCCAAGCCUCAUUACAACGAGAAGGUCGAUGUGUGGAGCGCAGCCAUGACGUUUUGGGAGGUGCUGCAGUGGCAUCAGCCGGAGAAGCGAUAUCCUUUCCAAGGCAUGAACGAGCACCAGAUCUACCAGGAUGUCGGCCAGAAGCGGCAGAGGUGCGUCGCCAUACUCCUUUGGCCCAUGAGCAUACAACUUACAUAUCUGCGCGCAUGUGCAGACCGUAUACUGGCAGCACGCGCCGUCAGUUUGGAGGGGAGAUCGUCCAUUUGCUCGAUCGCAUGUGGGAUCAGAAUCCCAAGGAGCGGCCAUCGAUGGGCGAAGUUUGCGCCGCUCUUGAGGAGCUCAUCGAGUUGA